AUGCCUUCCAGAAUCAUCGUCAUCGGCAGCGGAUUUGCUGGCCUCUACAGCGCCCUAUCUGCAAGGCGUCUCAUCACCAUCCAUCGCAAAAAGGAACCAGAAGUUGCAGACAUUGAAGUGUGCGUCAUUGCCCCCGAGCCUAGCCUUGUGAUAGCGCCUCGCCUGUACCUCGCCAACCCCGAGCGCAUGACGGCUCCGCUGGAAGACCUCUUUAAAGCGACCGGCAUUCGUUUCAUUCGAGGCUACGUUGAGAAGAUCCUCCCAGAGGAAAAACACGUGUUGGUUGGUGCUACAGACGGCACGAGCCUCAGCGAACCCUACGACCGCCUGGUCGUAGCUGCCGGGAGCCAGCUGGCCCAUCCGGACAUCCCUGGGCUCACAGAACACGGCUUUGCGAUCCACAGUCUGGAUAAGGCGGUAGAGCUAGAGAAGCACCUGAGAGGCCUGCCGAACUUACCCGAGGGUGAAGCUCGCAACACAGUCGUCGUUUGUGGCGCAGGAUUCACCGGUAUCGAGCUCGCCGCAGAGCUCCCCGCACGUCUGAGCAAUAUACUCGGGCAGGGAACCUCAUUCCGCGUCGUCAUUGUCGAUCGCAGCGACGAGAUCGGAUCAGAGCUUGGCCCUGGUCCACGGCCGUUCAUCAAGGAAGCGCUUCAAACCCUGGGCGUGGAGACCCGCCUCGGCUCCGGGGCUGCAGCUGUGCAAGUCGACGGCGUCAUCCUCGAAUCCGGAGAGAAGAUCAAAGCCGCCACCGUAGUCUGGACGGCGGGUGUGCGAGCAAGCCCGCUCACAGAUCAGGUCCAGACCAAGAAGGACGGGCUCGGCCGGCUCACAGUGAAUGAGAACCUGCAGGUGGUCGACAUGCCUGGCGUAUACGCAGCAGGAGACGCGGCGCACGCCAAAACCGACACAGACGGCCACUCGGCGAUGAUGUCGUGCCAACACGCAAUGCCGCUUGGUCGUGUGGCGGGCAACAACGCGGCGGCCUCGCUCCUGGGGCUGGACCCGACGCCGUACUCGCAGCCGCUGUAUAUGACGUGCCUGGCGCUGGGCAGCUACGGUGCCCUGCUCUCCCGGGGCUGGGAUCGGCAGGUCAUGUUCGCGGGGCCCAAGGUCAAGCCGCUGAAGCAGUACAUCAACCGCGUGCUGAUAUACCCGCCCGGCGCGAACGAGGUUGAGGCCUUUGCUGCUGCGGAUCCGGGUUGGAAAUUUCCUGAAUUCCCUGCCGUGCCGUUGCCGGCUCAGUGA